AUGGAAACACAAGCCCCUUCAAAGGAACGAAAGAGCCAACAGCUCAGCCAGCUGCACCAGUCACCGAGCAUCUCCAUCAUGGAUGGAUCGCACACUCAGUUGCAUCAGAAGACGUUCACCGUCUGGACGGCCAUGGGCAUCGGUCACUCGAUUACCAAUACAGCCAUUACCCUCAUCGUGGGUCUCGCCAGCGGCGUCGCUCUCGGAGGUCCCCCGCUUUUCAUCUACGGCUUCCUAGUCAUGGCAGUCAUCGCUGUAUGCGUUGCCAUCAGCCUGGGUGAGCUUGCAUCGGCUCUACCUCACUCCGGGGGUCAAUACUUCUGGGUUGCUGUUCUAGCUCCUCCAAAACACAGACGCUUUCUCUCUUAUAUCACUGGCAUUAUAGGAUGGGCUGGGGCUAUGGGGUUCGUGGGGUUUCAGGUUCUGAACUUGCUGGCGUUCACCUUCAAUUGCUUUGAACGUGUCCUCCCCUGGGUCAGCCGUUUCCUCCUCGUCUUCACCGUCUGCACCGUGAUAAUUGUAUUUGUCGGCAUUUUGGCUGCGAGUCCACACAAGCAAUCUGCAGAUAAUCUCUUUGUCAAUCUAUACAACAUCUCGGGCUGGUCGAAUGGCGUGGCCUUUUUGAUCGGGCUCAACGCCCCUAACUGGGCCUUCUCCUGUCUCGAUGCCACAGUGCAUCUCGCUGACGAGAUUCCGAAUCCUCGGAAAAACAUACCUCAAGCUCUCCUGGUGACAGUGGCUCUUGGCAGCGCCACUGGACUUCCUAUAAUCCUUGCGCUCUUCUUGUCGGCUCCCUCGGUCAGUGACAUUGCCAGCUCGGGCACGCCGUCGCUGCAGGUCUUUCAAGAGGCGUUCAAACACAACACUGCUGCAGCGCUGGGAUUUCAGAGCCUGGUGUUGAUAUCUGCUGCAGGCGCUAUAAUCGGCAUCCAUACUUGGCAAUCACGCAUUGCUUGGGCUUUCAGCAAAGACAAGGGAUUUCCAUUUCAUCGAUUUCUUUCUCAGAUUGCCCCUGAGCCUUAUGGUACUCCAGUCUUUGCACAUAUCUGGUCUUGUUGCUGGACUUCUGUCCUUGGUUGCAUCUACAUGGGUUCGCAGCUUGCUUUCAAUUCUCUGGUUUCCGGCGGUAUCCUCCUACAGUAUAUAACCUACUCUACCUGCAUCGCGUGCCUCUUAUGGUAUGGCCGGUCGAACAUCACCCCAGGCCCCUUCUGGUAUCCCAGGCUUGGUCUGGUGUCGAAUAUCGUUGUCUUGCUUUGGACUGCGAUUGCACUUGUUUUCUAUUGCUUCCCUUCGUUCAUCCCGGUUCAAGCAGGGUUGAUGAACUACGUGUCUUGUGUAAUUGUAGGAGUUUCAUUGUAUGCUUUGUUAUACUGGGUUGCAUUCGGCCGCAAAGAAUAUGAGACCCCUGAGCCAGAGCAGUACGAUUGA